AUGCACUUCCGGGUCAGACUCAACUGCAUCGAUCAUUAUCAGGCCACGCCGUCGUGUUAUGACCCCCAACUGCGCAAUGAUAUUCGGCCUUCGCAGGUUGCAAGAGGCCCCAAGGUUCCCGUCGUGAGGAUCUUUGGCUCGACCGAAACAGGGCAAAAGGUUUGUGCACAUGUCCAUGGCGCAUUUCCCUAUUUGUACGUCGAGUACCAGGGCGGCUUGGCUUCGGAUGAAGUUGGUGCCUUCAUAUACCGAUUGCAUCUUUCUAUCGACCAUGCGCUUGCCGUUAGCUACCGACGUGAUCAGUAUGGGGACAGCGCCAGGUUUGUGGCCAGGAUCACCCUCGUCAAGGGCAUUCCAUUUUAUGGAUUCCACGUUGGGUAUCGAUUUUUUCUCAAGAUAUACAUGUUCAACCCGGUAGUCAUGUCGCGACUCGCCGACCUCCUUCAGCAAGGCGUCAUCAUGAAGCAACAGUUCCAACCCUACGAAGCACAUUUGCAGUAUCUCCUGCAGUUCAUGAUUGACUACAACCUGUACGGCUGCAGCUAUCUCGACUCGUCCAAAACCAAUUUCCGAUCCCCUGUUCCGGAUCAUGAACAGGGGUCUAAUUCGUCACACCUGUGGCACAGCACGUCUAUUUCACCAGAUCUUAUCACUGAUGACCCAGAGCUGCCUCGCAUGAGCCACUGCUCCAUAGAAGUUGAUAUUUCCGUCCAGAGCAUUGCCAAUCGAAAGAUGGUCAAGGAGCGCCGGCUACAUCAUGAUUUUAUUGAGCGCAGCUGCCCCAUCCCGAGCGAGCUGAGAUUGGUGCACAGCAUGGCGGGGUUGUGGAGGGAUGAAACCAAACGACGACGACAACAGAUGCCAGCUGCCCAGCAAGGGAACAGCCCAUUCCCAGCCGAGGCUCUGGUUUCAAUGUCCGCUGACUGUCGUGACUCUCAGCCACAGAAAUGGAUUCACGAGGAGGAAUAUCGAGAAGAUAUCCACAGUCUGGUUACUCAAGACAUUGCGGAUCUCAACGGUGUGGACGUCAACUUUGACAACUUCACAAAGCCAGCAGAACGCGAAAGUGACGUAAAUACAGCUUUGCAGUCAGUCGAGGAUUUAUACCCUCAUAAGUUGAUGCCUGUUCUAGGACUACCUGCGACUCUAAGCCAAUCAACGGUCGAUCCUGCUAGCAGCAUCGAGGUUGACGAGACGAAGGCUCGUCAAGUUCAUUUCGAAGGAGACGAGCUCUUCGAUGUCGAGGAUGACGACGUGCUGCGAGAAGCUGCAAAGUUCGAUCUUCUCGAUGGGCCGGAUUUGCAAGCCAAGCCGCGAACUCUCGAAUGUUCCGAACCAGUCAAGCUCGACAAUGAUGAAGCCCGGCCUUACCCUGAUAUUUUCGGUGUCUCUUUCAGCAUGCUCAAAUCUAAGAAACGCCCAGUGAUGCCUGUAUACGAAGCCCUCCUAGAUGCUGCUGGGGAUCUCGGGCUUGUUUUUAGGGCUAACAAGCCAAAAUCUCCAGAGAAAGAGCCACAGUUGAAACGGAAACGGUCCGAGGUGAUGACGUCUUCACCUAUUUCCAAGCAACUCAAGCAAGAACCCCAGAAUGAUGGAAACGGGGAUAGCAUAAGGGCAGAAUAUCAUCCAACAGGGAGGAAAUUCGAACGCUCACGUUGGAGCCGGUCAAAAUCCGAGGCUUUCAAGAGCCGAAAAAGUCCAUCUCAGACCCCUGACGGCUCUCAAUCAAAUCAUACACUCAACUUUGCGAUAGUGAAGGACCAUCAUGAUAUCGAUACCAAGCUUCGCUUUCAGAAGCAAGCGCCCGUGGCUCAGACGAAGCGCGAUUAUAAAUUCCGCAACAAAAUACCCUUUGACCCGACCACAUCUUCGAGGGUUAAUAACUAUGGCAAGUCUCAGUUGUCUACUUCGUUACUUCCAUUCACUGCAGAAAGUUCUGCCUCAGUAUUUCCUGGCUUACGCGUACUUAUGAGCCAUCCCCGGUACCCGACGUUGGCUUUUGCAACCCCUCCUCCAACUCUGGACAGCUGCGUUUCCAUGGAGGAACACGACUUACCGCCUGUCAUCUACCAGGAUGCCUAUUAUAGCGUAGAAAAGGACGCCCCUGAACGGACCCGAGAAUAUGCUGGGAGGGAAUAUCGACUCCACAGUAAGACUUUACCAUACCUUCCCGAUUUCGACCCCACGGGAGCGUUUUCAGAAGCGAUCGGGGUAAGGCUGGACGUAACAGCAGGAAUUAUGCGUCUAGAACGAGAACAAAAACUACAACAGCUUGAAUGUCGCUGGAGAAGCUGGGAAUUUGCCGCACCACCGCCUAGCCGUCACGACUUGGAGGGGUGGUUGGGCGAGCAGACUCGCGCGGUCCGAUCGAAGAUUCCCAGAGUUGCGCUGUCCCAAAUCGAUGGUCCAACGCCACGGAACAAGCAUGGGUUCAAGUACUCGCAAAGACAAAAAGUGACGAGCGUUGAGCACGAGGUUCAGUACAUGAGUACCAUGAGCCUUGAAAUCCAUGUGAACACGCGGGGCAAGUUUGUCCCCAAUCCAGAGGAGGACGAGAUUCAAUGCAUGUUUUGGUCAUGCAAAUCUGAUGAGAAGACGGAGAAUACGCAGCAAUCAGUCGACGCCCUUCAGUCAGGCAUUGUGGUGCUCGGCGGCGUCGGCGACGGCGAGCUUGGUCCUCGAGUGCGACGCCUUUCCGCAGCUUCGGUUGUUGAAGAAAAUAGCGAGCUGGAUCUCAUCAUCCGCAUGGUCGAAAUUGUGAGAAGUUUUGACCCUGAUGUUUUGACAGGCUUUGAGGUUCACGGAAGCUCUUGGGGCUAUGUGAUAGAGCGAGCGAGACACAAGUACGAUUACAAUCUUUGCGACGAAUUCUCCCGCAUGAAGACCGAUUCACAUGGUCGAUUUGGUAAAAGCAACGACAGAUGGGGCUUCAACACGACUUCGACCAUUCGCAUUACUGGCAGGCACACGAUAAAUAUCUGGAGGGCGAUGCAGAGUGAGCUGAAUCUCCUCCAGUACACAAUGGAGAACGUCGCAUGGCAUCUUCUCCAUCGACGCGUCCCCCAUUACUCGUGGAAGACGCUUUCGCAGUGGUACAUGAGCGGCAAGACUAGAGACUUGAGCAAGGUGUUGAGAUAUUACCAAGCGCGUGCGCGACUGGACAUUCAAAUUCUGGAGGCCAAUGAGCUCAUCCCGCGAACCAGUGAGCAGGCAAGGUUGCUAGGCGUGGAUUUCUUCUCCGUGUUUUCGAGAGGUUCGCAGUUCAAGGUUGAGUCAAUCAUGUUCCGAAUCGCCAAGCCAGAAAACUUCAUACUGGUAUCGCCGAGCAGGAAGCAAGUUGGGGGUCAGAACGCGCUCGAAUGCCUGCCCCUUGUCAUGGAGCCGCAGAGCGCCUUCUACACCAGCCCCGUUCUCGUUCUAGACUUCCAAAGCUUGUACCCAAGCGUGAUGAUUGCGUACAAUUACUGCUAUUCUACAUUCUUGGGUCGGAUCAACAACUGGCGGGGUACGAGCAAGAUGGGGUUCUCCGAAUACGGCCGUCAGGCGGGACUGUUAACACUUCUCCAGAAUCACAUCAACAUUGCGCCGAAUGGAAUGAUGUACGCGAAGGCUGAGAUACGCAAGUCCUUGCUUGCCAAGAUGCUGACGGAGAUACUCGAAACGAGGAUCAUGAUCAAGAGCGGCAUGAAGAAGGACAAGGAGGACAAGGCAUUGCAACGAUUACUGAAUAAUCGCCAGUUGGCCUUGAAGCUCCUGGCCAAUGUCACAUACGGCUACACAUCUGCCUCCUUUUCCGGACGCAUGCCUUGUUCGGAGAUUGCAGACAGCAUUGUCCAAACCGGCCGCGAGACGCUAGAGAGGGCCAUCGCGUUUAUUCAUUCAGUAGAGCGAUGGGGCGCCGAAGUCGUCUACGGCGAUACUGACAGCCUCUUCAUCCACCUCAAAGGGAAGACGAGGGACCAAGCGUUUGACAUUGGCGAGGAAAUUGCCAAGGCUAUUUCUGACAAGAACCCACAACCAAUCAAGCUUAAGUUUGAGAAAGUUUACCACCCUUGCGUGCUCCUGGCCAAAAAGCGUUAUGUCGGAUACAAGUACGAGUCGAGGGACCAGGUGAAGCCUGAGUUUGACGCCAAGGGAAUCGAGACAGUCCGUCGCGACGGAACUCCGGCUGAACAGAUGAUUGAGCAAAAGGUGCUCCGGAUGCUCUUCGAGACGUCCGAUCUUAGCCAGAUCAAGGAGUACUUCCAGAGGCAAUGCGACAAGAUCAUGUGCGGAGCCGUCUCAGUGCAGGACUUUUGCUUCGCAAGAGAGGUCCGGCUGGGUACCUAUUCCGACAAGGGACCGCCUCCGGCCGGCGCCCUCAUCAGCGCCAAGAGGAUGCUCGAGGAUGCUAGGGCCGAGCCUCAGUAUGGCGAGCGAGUGCCGUACGUGGUCAUAACAGGUGCGCCGGGCGCGCGGCUCAUCGACCGCUGCGUCGCUCCAGAGGAGCUCCUGAACAACCCACACUGGAAGCUCGACGCCGAGUACUACAUCUCGAAGAACCUCAUCCCCCCACUCGAGCGAAUCUUCAACCUGGUGGGUGCCAACGUGCGGCAAUGGUACGAUGAGAUGCCCAAGGUGCAGCGGAUACAUCAGUCGGCGUCGACCCGGGUGAGCAAGAAAUCGACGCUCGAGUCCUACAUGCGCUCAGUCCACUGCCUCGUAUGCAACGCCAAAUUCUCCGAAGAAGGAUACUCUCUGUGUCCGUCCUGUCGAGCCAACGGGUCCGCAUCGCUCGUUGCGCUGCAAACCCGGCUGUCAGCAGGUGAGCGCAGAUUUCAGGAGACUCUCGCAGCAUGCCGCAGCUGUUCGGGCAUGAGCCCCCUGGAGGAGGUGAGCUGCGAUAGCAAAGAUUGCCCUGCCUUUUGGACGCGAAUGAGGCAAAAGACGCAACUGGCCACAACAAGGGGCAGUGCGGUGCCCGUGAUACGAGGGCUCGUUGAGGGAAUCGAGAAGCUGGGGUUGGAUUGGUGA